CGGCCCCGCCCGGCGAUGCUGUCCCGGCUGCUCCGCGAGCACCAGGCCAGGCAGAGCGAGCGCAGGGAGCAGCAAGAGCGGAGACGGCGAGAGGCCAUUGCUGCAGCCACGUGCCUGACCGAGGCCCUGACGGAUCACCUGAACGUCGGGGUGGCCCAGGCCUACGUGAACCAGAGGAAGCUGGACCAUGAGGUGAAGACGCUGCAGAUCCAAGCUGCCCAGUUCGCCAAGCAGACAGGCCAGUGGAUCAGCAUGGUGGAGAACUUCAACCAGGCGCUUAAGGAGAUUGGCGACGUGGAGAACUGGGCGCGCAGCAUCGAGCUGGACAUGCGGACCAUCGCCACCGCCCUGGAGUACGUCUACAAGGGGCAGCUGCAGCCCUCCAGCUCCUGAGCCCCCGCCCGGCCAGAGCCCCCGCACCUCUGCCUGGCCGUCAUGCUGAGCCGCCCGCAGGACACCCCUCACCCUGCUGCGCCCGCCCGGCAGAAACAGUCAGCCGUUUGCCCCCUCGCCUGGGCCACACCCAUUGCCCGUGUUCCUGCCCUCAAGUCUCUGAGCGUCACCCCCGGGGAGAGGCCCCGUCCUGCCAGCCCGCGGGGGACCCCAGCCGUAGGGGAUUUGCUCUGACCCUGGGGGCUG